GUCAGCGAUCGAUCUAAUACCGUGCGCCACAUUCUCUUCGUUUCUGCAUGCUCUGCCUGUCAGAAUUUAUGGCUCCAGCAACACGAGUAUCAAACAGAGACAAGCACCCUGGGUAUAUCUUGCGCCCUGGUGCUUACUCGGCUAGAAAAACUGCUGGAAAAAUGGCAGCUAUUGACAAGGUAGCCCAGGUCAAGCAAGAGAUGGACGAGGAUGACAUAUGGAGAGAAACUUGUUCACCAGCACCGUUGGAUACGAUGGCCACGCACCCUUCGGGAACACAUGCUCGCAAUCAACUCAUCGACCCGAAGCAAGGGGGAAAAGCCGCUGUGGAAAAUAGAGAACCCCAUGGAUACAAGCAUACGUAUCGCUUUGAUAUUGAGGAGGACGGAAGUGAGGAGGACCCAGAACUGGCACAGCACGGGAAGCGAAAGCAGCGCGUCGUGUUCAGUGCUAGUACUGAUGAUGAGAGGUCUACAUCAAAGAAACUCAAACGCGAUGAAUGUAUCUCCCAGCCAGCUGGCAGAGUUGAAGUUCUUCUUCCCAAGUGGCACACAAUUGUUGCACGUGACGUUGCCAAGUUGCACCUGAAGCAAACCUCCAAGUCUCACGAGUCUCAUCCAAAGGAAAAGAAAGCUCUCGAACCAACGCAAGUAAACAAUGUCGGUUACGUCACGGGCUAUGAUGACGAAGACGAUGCUGUUGAGGAGGGUGAGGAAGAGGAGUCAAAUCUCAUUGGCCGGAACGGCUCCCUGCAUGCGCCAUCCGAAGUUUCUCAGCGUGUGUCCACAAAUGACCUGCGGCGCGCGUCUAUAAGUCCUCCACCGAAUUCGCGAUCUGUGACGUGUGGUCCUGUUGACGGCGCCGCUGGUGUGCGGCGUAAAUCCACUCCGCUCGUAUCUACUCAACGCGAAGUCACGGACACAUUUCCACAAGUCAUCCAGUUUCAGGCUCACGUCCCUGCUUGUUCCACACAACAACCGGCAAAGAAACCACAGCCGCGGUUCCGCGUAGAGGAUCUACCGGAUGGCAGUCAGAAGCGCUUCCGCGAGAACUUGGGUCCCUUGUGGCUUGACUUCGUCUCCACCCUCGAGAACCCUUGGGAUCUUACUAACCAUAUCGAUACUCUGCAAGAGAUCUGGAACAUGACGUUCACAGACAUUGACUACACUGUGCAAAAGACGAAUGACCCAGUGUAUUUUUUGUUACUCCAACGUGCGAGCGCAUACCGUCAUGAAUUUGCCAAACGCGGCGAAAUCGCUGUAGCAGCUUACCUGCAUAGCAUAGGCUUGAAAAACCCAGACGAGAUCGCCCAACACAUCAACUUCCUUGUCCCAUCAGUUUCAGAGAUACGCGGUGAUGAAGAGACCGCAAAAUGCUACCCAUUCAUGUGGCAGGAAGCGAAAAACAUCAUGAACGAAGACGGACAUAUCGAACGCACGGAAACAAAGGGUGCAUUCUGCUCUCGUACAAUUUCUGACACCUUUGCGCUCUAUCUGGAGAUCAGAGAAUGUAUUCCACAGGCAUUGCGGCAGAAGGAUAAUCCUCGCGGUGCUCUCGUCCUUGCAACUGCUUCAGUGGAGCGUGCGCUGAGGAUGUACUCCACUGGUAUUUGUGUCAAGCCUAAAGAUCAUGUCGAGUCUAGAUUCUCGCGGAAGCAUUGGGGUGUUAUGACAGAGGAGGUAAUGAUCUCUGUUAAGAAGACUACUUCACGGGGAUGGAAGAAAAUCAUCAAGGCCGCCAUCCCUUACAUCAAAACUCGCAAACUACAUCAUGGUACGCGUGCAGCACUUGAAAAAGAACGCGAGGGACCAAAUGGUUAUACGCAUUGUGUUGAUGUGGACUCUGGCUCUGACUCCGGCUCUGACUUAAAUUUUUAGUAGAGUACUCAAGCACUACUACAUAUAUGCAUCAUCCGCAUCAUCACCAACUUGUUAUUAACUACAAUCUGCUAUAUAAGUUACUUGAAUUUAAAGGUUUGCCGCGUGCAAAACUGUUGAAA